AUGAAAUUCGUUUUCUCCCUUUCCAUCAGCCUUUUGGCCACUAUGGGAGCUGCUUUGCCCAGCGUUACGACGUCCGACGCUGCCACGCUCAACACUCGCGCCGAACCAAUUCCAUGCAGCUCCGGAGGUACAUGCUUUGAGCCCAAUGGAUGCCGAGCUACUAUCGAUGGUAAAGUCACCACCUUCACCGAUCUGUCCUGCAAAAUGUUCGGCAAAUCACCAAAUGAGAAGAACACGGGACCCACAGGCAGCAGCAAAGACGAUCAUCCAGGCGGCGCAGAUGUCCUACAGGAUGUUGCCGGGAGGGACGGCACCGGGGCCUUUGAAUACGCGGGGCACUCUGCCGAGGCCGUCCAAAAUCCCGAGGGAUUAGCCGUUGUCAUCGUCGUCGCCUUGUCGGAGGGUUUGGGCGUGGGGUCCGACGAGAGUGUUGACUUGGGGGGUGGCGUGCGUGGUAUUGUCCCCCGGUGGAUUGUUGGCAUGGACGCUUGCUGCACGGGUGAUGGAGGGACUGAAAGGAGAUGGGAACGUCGACAAAGGGCAAAAAAGGAGUCCAAUCGGUAG